AUGAUUCAUUUCGUACUAAUCCUAAUCCAACUAGCACUAGUGACUGCUCGGCCGGAUCAGACCAAUUUCGAACCGUGUCCAGGAAAUUACGACAAGGGCCUUUGCAACAGGAACAUUUUCAAAUGGGCCUUUGACCACGAAAGAAAACAAUGUAUCACAUUUAUAUGGGGCGGCUGCGGCGGUAACGACCGAAAUCGAUUUGAUAGCGAAAAACAGUGCAUAGAAAAGUGUUUUGUAAAUUUAGAUAAAAAUAAUGAUACUUUAGCUCAAAAUGAUAGCAGUGUGAUACCAAAGGAGAAAAGAGGUCCUAAGUUGACGUUCCAGGAAACUGGUACCGAGAAUAUAUUUAUGUUUGCCCAAUCGAAUACUUUUAUACAAAUUGAUGGGGAUAUUAUUCAAACUUUUCAACUAAGAUUGUGUCGUCAAAUAUCCUUCCAAUUCCGUACAAGAUUACCUCACGGACUCUUAGUGUACCACAACGUAAAAGUACCAAAAGGUGUAUCGCUUCAACCGUACGCCUUGUAUAUAAUUGUGCAACAAGGUCAACUUAAAGUGGUGCACGUUUAUGGAAAACAUUCAACAGCUCUAACAGUGGGAAGAGGAUUGAAUAAUGACGAAUGGCACACUGUUACAGUCAGAAUUGAUGUACAUGCGGCUAAAUUGUUAGCAAUAGUGGACGAGCUAAGGGAUGAAACUGAUCUUAAAGGACUCGAUACUGAAAAUAAUUACGGGGUUACUGCUAAUGUUACUUCGGUGAUUUUGAUUGGAGGUUUAAGCUCAGAAGAAAGACUCCACGGUGUUAAAUACAUAAUAGAAUCCUUCGUAGGAUGUAUAAAGGAUGUUGUUUUAAGCACAGGCAAAUCUGCCUCUGACUUAUUGCAAAUAUCACCGUUAAUAGCUACAAAACACGAAAAUGUACAGGAGGGCUGCAAGAAUAAAUGUAUGACUUCUGAGAAUUUGUGUUUUAGAGGCUCUAGAUGUGUUAAUCAUUAUUAUACGAGAACUUGCGACUGCUUUGGAACAAAAUAUGAAGGAGAAUUUUGUGAUAUUUAUACUGCAACUGUUCUCACUUUACGCGGCUCAUCAUACGUUUCAUAUAGAGUCUACGAUUGGAAAGACAGAGUCCAUUCAUCGAUAACAAGGUUUUCGAUGAUGUUUAAAACACGUUUUGAUGAUUCUGCUCUUUUAUAUGCAGCUGGAGGUGAUCACGGUAUAGAUCACUACAUAGCAGCUUCAAUUUUCAACAACACAGUCUACGUAGUGAUGGAUUUUGGUGAAACCAAUCCAGUAACGGUGAUUUUAGGCCAAACUCCCGACUUUAAGUUACACGAAUGGAACAACUUUACCAUAUUCCAUGAGCACGAAAAAAUCCAUCUGAUUCUAAACGACGAAAUCAAGUCCAUCAAUAUAACUGGCAAGCCUUUGUUGUACAUAGAUCCUGAAAUUUACAUCGGUGGCGGUCCGGAAUUGCAAAAGAAAACUGGCCUCAAAUCCACUAAUAAUUUCGUUGGCUCGUUGAAGUACGUGUUUUACAAUGACAUUUCGAUUAUGUAUGAGCUUAACAAAAACAAUCCGAAAGUGCACUAUAUUGGAAUUUUAAGGCCUGAGUUUUACGAGAGCGACGUCAAAAUUAUUCCAAUUACUUUCCCAUUUUCGGCUAGUCAUAUUUGGUGGCAUAAUGAUCAUGUUGAUACAUUGAGUCUUAGUUUUCACUUCAAGGCCAGCAGUAAUUUAAGUGUCAUAGCUUCAAGUGAAGCCCAAACAGGGCUGUAUUGGGAAGUUCGUGUAGUAAACGAUGAAGUACGUUUCGAGCUUCUAGACAGCGUCAAGAAUGCUACGCAUUUGAUAAGCGUUAAGAAAACUCCUGGUCAAUGGCAUUUUCUUAAUGUGACUUAUGCGCAAGGAGAAAUUUCCGUUAGUAUUGAUAAGAAAGGGAAAACGGAGAAAAUUUCUGAUUUGAAAUUUGCCAUUGGAGAUAAAAUCAAAAUUGCUGCAGGAUCUAGAAGCAAUGCAGGACUAGUGGGAUGCAUGAGAGACAUACAAGUCAAUGGAGUGUGUGUGGAACCAAGAAGCAUUUUGCAAACUGAAAGAGUAGUCGGUGAAGUUACUUUGGAUGAUUGCAGAUUUGUAGACGCUUGUCAAAGACCCAACACCUGUGAGCAUGGAGGCAAAUGCUCAGUCAAAGAAAACCGUUUAACUUGUGACUGCACCAACACAGGUUAUAUCGGUACCAAUUGCCAUUUUGCCCUUUACAGGAAAACUUGUGAAGAAUUGGCCCUAUUAGGUUACACCAAGCCUGAUGUGUAUCUCAUCGAUAUUGAUGGAAAUGGACGAUUUCCUCCAGCACAUGUAAGAUGCGAAUUUCAAAGUAUCGAAGAAUCUACAAAGACAAUUGUCGAACAUAAUUUGCCUAGUCAAAUUGAUGUACGAUCACCAUCAGAACAAGAUUUUAGUUUCAGCAUAAAAUAUCGCGAAUUCAAUGCUGAAAUGCUCCAAGAAUUAGUCUCCCACUCGCUAAACUGCAGCCAAUAUAUAAAAUAUGAUUGUUUCAAAGCACCCUUGGAACUUCAUUCAUCUACAUGGUUCAUAUCUUCUGCCAAUCAGACUGUGGACUUUAUCGGAGACGUCAAAAGAGGCACUUGUCCAUGUUCCAUUGGUCGCACAUGUGAAAAUCCAACCCAGUGGUGUAACUGUGACGAUGUGUCUGAUGACAAAUGGGAUACUGAUGAUGGAUAUUAUACAACAGGAGCUAGCUUGGGAGUAACUGAGAUGUACUUUUUACAACAAUCAGAUUUACCUGAAGAUGCUCUUGGCAGAAUUACCUUAGGACCUUUGGAAUGUGUCGAAACAAAUACUCAAAGAUAUGUAGUAACAUUCACUACUAGUCAGUCCUACAUAGAAGUCCCUGGUUGGAGAAAAGGUGAUUUGGCCUUCUCAUUUAGAACAACAGGCAAAAAAGCAAUUUUACUUUACCAACCACCGAUUAGACCUAACUAUCCUAGUUUUAUGAUUGCUUUGACAAGCGAUUUUCAGCUCACCUUCAAUUUUACUUUGAACACUGGAGUUUCAAAAGAAUUAGUAAUCGAUUCUGGCAGACGGUUAAAUGGAGGCGAAUGGCACAAAUUGUGGAUUGAUUACAAUAAGUAUCAUGUUAGGUUUAUGAUAAAUGAAGACUAUCAAAUGGUCGACUUGAAACCCGAGGAAGAAUUUGGACCUUUCGAAGGCUCGAUGUUUAUUGGGGGUGCACCAUAUGAUCUCCUAGAUUCAAGAUCAUCCGUACACCAAGGUUUGAUCGGCUGUUUCCGUGGUUUGGUAGUUAAUGAUGAAAUUCUCGACAUUUAUAGCUACAUGAGCGUUCAUUUGAGUGAAAUCAUCAAAGAUUGCAAACCGUCUUGUGUACCCAAUCCUUGUAAAAAUGGUGCUCAAUGCAAAGAGCUGUGGAGCACUUUUGAGUGCAUUUGUCCAAAUCCGUGGGCUUACAAAGGACAGUUUUGUGAAACGAAUAUCAAUACUAAUGCAAUCACUUUUACGCAAAGCGAAUCGUAUAUUCAUAGGAAUUAUUUCACCAAUGACACUGAAGAGGAAAAGCAUAUAUUGAGUGAAAUAUUUAAAAAACGAAUUUUGGUUAAUUUGAGAACUUACGAUAAUAAUUCUUUGAUAUUUUAUGCAAAUGAUCAUCUAAAUAAUUUUGUGCAUUUACAUAUAAUCGAAGGAACCAAAGUAGAAUAUUUAUUCAACCACGAAAAUCAAAUUCUCAACAUUACAGUACCCUAUGUAGAUCUAAAUACAAGCAAAUCAGUCCAAAUUGCCAUAAUACGUCAAGAAAAUCUUACUACAGUUUUUGUAAAUGACCAAAACAGUUCAGUUCCUUUUGGUGUGAAAUUGUUGGAAACUUAUUCAAACAGACCAUGGAUAAAUCCUGAUAAAGAGGUUUUGGCCCCUCAACGUCCUCCUGCUCCUCCUACCGAGUAUUUUCAGCUCAAUAUUGGCGGUUAUGAUCCUGAAACUUUGCUCAAAGUAUCUGAUCAGUUGCUAGUAUUACCAGGUUACAUUGGAUGCUUUAGAGGUUUCCAAAUUAAUGAAACUUUAAUCGAUUUGCCUUCGAAAAUUACCAAUAGCACUAAAGGUGUUUUAGCUCACUGCAAUAUGAAAUGCGACGUGGAACCAUGUCAGAAUGGCGGUACUUGCAUUGAAGAUUUUAGAAAACAAGAACAUACGUGCAACUGUGAACAUACAAGUUACUAUGGGGAAUUUUGUAAUGAGGAAAAAGGUGCUGAUUUCAAUGGAGAAGCCAUCCUAAGUAGAGUUUUUGUAUUAAAUGGCACAGUGGACCAUGUAAAAAUCCAAUUAGCUUUUUCAAGUUUGGAUGUCAGGCAAAAGAAUACUGUUCUUAUGUUGCUUCAAACUGAAAACAAUCGCAGCUAUUAUCUACUAGUAGGCCUGAGCCUCGAAGGCUUCCUAAUAGUCCAAGAAGACCGCGAAGGAGAAGUUUUCUCAGCUACAGUCAAUAAAAAAACCUUCAUCAACGGCGCAAGACAUUCGAUUUACUACAAGAGAGACUUUAACGAAUCGGAACUUUACGUGGACAAAGAACUAACGGAAAUGGGACAAAUUCCAGCGCAAACGUUUACGAACAUUCCAGAUUUGGGGGCUAACGAGGUGCAAAUCGGCGGCCAGGAAACUAACGAUCCGAGAUUUGCGAUUUAUAAAAAGUUCAGUGGGUGCUUGUCAAAUAUUUUCAUUGAAGUUAACGAACACGUAAUGAAACCCCUGGAAGAGUACAUGCUGUUCACUAAAGCAGGCUCGGAAAAAGUGAACGUAUCCAACUCUCACGGGGUCAGAAGUGCUCAGUGUAGUGCCGAUUUUGACGUGGUUCACGAAAAAGCACCUGGAACUCCCAAUUUGAACAUCAGUCAGGGCAAAGAUAAAACCUGGGUCCAAGAUGCUCCUCAACGCAUUCUCUACACUUCCUUCUAUGCUACUGAUUCGGUUGAAGAAGAUAAUGUAGAGCAAAUAAUAGUUAUAGUACUGGCGUCGUUUUUUGUUUUGGUACUCAUAUGUGUCAGCUAUGAUAUCUACAGGACCAAUAAAAAGUAUAAACAAAAAAAAGAGUAUGAAACUGAUGCUAGUAUUUUGUUAUCAAAACAACAGGCCGCUAUAAUGCUUCAAGAAAAUAACAAACAUUCAACAGAUAAUGAAUCUACAAAGGCCUUGUUAAAUGGAAAAUUACUCUCAGAAAAAGUAAUAAAUGGCAAUGCCACUAAUGGUACCACCAAAAAAGUAGAAGAUGAUAAUAUUCCUCUUCCAGAAGAAGUACCUUUGAAGCCUUUAAAAAGGGCUGAUAGCAGACGGGAUAGACAAAAAAGGAUAAGCUUUAGAGAUAGCGCUAGUGAGCUUAGUUGGGAAACACCCGAAGAAUCGUCCGAAAUCCUCAGUCCGAUGCUGGAAGAGGAAGAAGAAAACUCUGCAGAAGAAGACAAUGAAGAAGAUGAUGACCUGGACGCUGCAAAUAUUGUAAGUAGAACCGGUAGUCUACUAGGCAUGGCACCAUUAAGUACGAUAAGUGAAGUUUCGCUGGCUGAAACGCAAUCUAUGCUGAUAUUAAAUAACGAAGAUACUGAUACCAUGCCAGAAAAUCACCAAUCACAAGAAGAUUCACAGCAUAAAACCGAUCCAGAAGAUUCUGGUCAACGGAUACCCAGGAUUUAUAUACCAUCGAAAAUAAUUACGAAUACCAGGCCCAUUUUGGUAGGCGAUCAUAAAAGGAAAUUCGACAAUCCUAUAAGCUAUUUGGGCGGUCCAAAGCUGCCUGCAAAAAAUAGAUCGAGCGUUGAAAGUGUUUUGUCUAUAGAUUAA